AUGUCACCUUCCCCAAGCGCACGGGACUCGCAGUCCCCAUCCAGGGCCAUGGCCAAUCCCAUUCAUCCAGACUUUCUUGACCGUCUAGACCAAGACUUUAUAGACUUUUACAAUUCGACACUCGGUAGGACGACACCAGACAAUAGCGCGCCACUGGAAGAGGUACGGAAGCAGAGGGCAAAGUUUCACUCCCAAAAGGCUCGCAAGUACGCGCACACGGCCUUUGUACAAGACAUCAAGCUCGAGGCGCCAGAUGGGUAUCCCUUUACUGUGAGAUUGUACAAGCCAGAUCCGCGUACAUCACCGUAUGGUGCUGGGCCUUAUCCUGUACAUGUCAAUUUCCAUGGCGGUGGCUUCACAUUUGGCGACCUCAACAGUGACGCCAAGAUAUGUAUGCAAAUACGGACACGGGUCGGCAUCAUGGUUGCCGAUGUAGACUACAGGUUACGCCCUGAGCAUGCCAUGGGCAGAGGACAUGAUGACUGCUGGGCUGCAGUGCAAUACAUGCACAACCAUGGCGCUCAGGUCAACGCCCGUCAAGACUCGAUAUCAAUAGGCGGCAUCUCGGCCGGGGGCCAGAUCGCGGCAGUGGUGCAACAGCUCGCCCGAGACGCCGCGAUUCCGCUCAAGUUUGCUUUUCUUGGUGUGCCAGUGACAGCGUCACACUCGCACUACAAAAAGGCAUCAGACUCUGAAUUCCCAUCCUUUGUCGAAAACGAGUUUGCGCCAUGUCUGAACUGGGCCCGCAUCAUGUUUUACCGAGAAAACUCGGACAUGAAGGACGCGGCGGCCGCUCUCGACGAGGAAGCCGCGGCGCUGCCCGAGUUCUACUCGAGCCCCCUGUCGGGCGAGCUGCACGGCAUCUGCCCGACCUUUAUCGGCACGGCCAGCGCCGACCCGCUGCGCGACGAGGGCGAGGCCUACGGGCACAAGCUCGUGCGCGCCGGCGUCAAGACGACGAUUCGCCGCUACCAAGGGGUGCCGCACCCGUUUAUGCACAUGCCCCUGCGCAAGGCCGAGGUGUACACGCACGACCUGUGCGAUGCGCUGCGGACGGCCCACGGCGUCGCCUUUGUCAAGCCCAGCCUGAGCGUGUUUCCUCGGCGCAAAAUGUUCCAGGCUUCCUCUUCCUCGUCGGCCAGGCAGCAGCAACAACAACUUCAUCGCCCGGGGCCGCCGCAGGUCGGAGGGAAUAAGCGAAAGAUGGCUAGAAGUUGGAGCUGGACGCCGGGGAAGCUGGCGCUGGCGUCGAGGUUGAAGCAAUAA